UCAGACUGGAAGCCCGUCCCAUUCACUGCAUAUCCAUGCUGCAGGAGGAGGAGAAGGCGUGUAGCCCUUUUGUUACCUGUAUUAGAGUAGUACCUGGCUGUUGGCAGUAACAUGGACUGCGUUUAAGAUGUCUUCAGAGAGUAGAAACAGCGAGCGAUGUACAAAACCUUGACUCCAAAAAAACACAGGGUUGGCAGUGAAUGCAACUAGUUGUUUUCUAACUGUCUGGCGCAGCAAAUGGGAAGCGUUAAUUAGGCUCUACCGUGAAAGUAAGGACGAAUAGGAGGCACUUCCUCCAAGAACUCAUUCACCUUUCAAGUCCGACCCUCUCUCAAGUUUCAUUUUGGAGUUCUUAGCCACCUUUCAGCUCGUCAUCAGCAUCUCACCUGUACUGCUGGACCAUGGAUUUCACACGGUCGAAGAUUUCAAAGGCGCUUCAGCUUCAUAUCGCGGAAAAUCGGCGGUAUACGUGCAUCUGGAAGGGUUAGGAAACCUGCCAAUGUGAAAGGAAAGCGUAACCACUUUAUGUUACAGUGCAUGGCCUCCGGAAAAAGUGGUAACGAUCAUGCACAAACCCCUCCGAAAGCGGAGUCUCUACGUGUUCCUGUGUUUUGGCAUCAUAUACCUCAGACUUGGGGCCCUGUCCUCGGUGGUGGCUCUGGGUGCCAACAUCAUCUGCAACAAGAUUCCCGGGCUGGCACCCCGCCAGCGGGCCAUCUGCCAGAGCCGCCCGGACGCCAUCAUUGUUGUGGGCGAAGGUGCCCAGAUGGGCAUCAAUGAGUGUCAGUACCAGUUCCGAUAUGGACGCUGGAACUGUUCGGCGCUGGGAGAAAGGACAGUCUUCGGUCAGGAGCUGCGAGUAGGCAGUCGAGAAGCAGCGUUCACCUACGCCAUCACAGCUGCAGGAGUGGCCCACGCCAUCACUGCCGCGUGCAGCCAGGGCAACCUGAGCCAGUGUGGCUGCGACCGGGAGAAGCAGGGCUAUUACAAUCAGGAGGAAGGAUGGAAGUGGGGAGGCUGCUCGGCUGACAUCAAGUAUGGAAUCGAGUUCUCUCGCCGCUUCGUGGAUGCCCGCGAGAUUAAAAAGACCCCACGCCGCCUGAUGAACUUGCAUAACAAUGAGGCAGGGAGAAAGGUACUAGAAGAAAGGAUGAAGCUAGAGUGCAAGUGCCACGGCGUCUCAGGCUCCUGCACCACCAAGACCUGUUGGACUACACUACCCAAAUUCCGUGAAAUUGGCUACGUACUCAAGGACAAGUACAACGAAGCUGUGCACGUGGAGGUAGUCCGGGCUAGCCGACUGCGCCAGCCCACCCACCUCAAGGUGAAGCAGACUCAGGGCUACCGCAAGCCCAUGGAGACAGACCUCGUCUACAUCGAGAGGUCGCCCAACUACUGCGAGGAGGACGCAGCCACGGGGAGCGUGGGCACCCAGGGACGCCUGUGCAACCGCACCUCGCAACAUACAGACGGCUGCGACCUUAUGUGCUGCGGGCGGGGCUACAAUACACACCAGUACACCAAAGUGUGGCAGUGCAAUUGUAAGUUCCAAUGGUGCUGCUUUGUCAAGUGCAACACGUGCAGUGAGAGGACGGAGGUGUUUACCUGCAAAUAAGAACCCGAGGAACUCAGUGCCAGGAAGUGAGGCGCCAAGGACUAACUGAAUGAGGAAGUGUGACAAGGACCAGUGAGAGACUUUUAAAUAAAGGAAUGGAAUUUACACUAUCAGCUCUUCAUGGCAUCGUUUUGCACAGCAGAAUCUAUCUAUUUCUUUUCAGAAAGUAAAUGCUAAAUAUCAGUAGGUAAUACCCCAGGACUUUUCUGUCACUUAGAAGUUGUGUUCAUGUACUGAUGCAUCCGCAGUGAAGAUGGGACUAUAGCUAAUGGAUGAGGUCCCCGUGGAAACUCUGGGAUUUGUAAUUGUUAAAUUCACAACAGACACUUGCAUGGAGAGAAAACACAGUAACCUGGGAGUUGAUCAAAAUGACAGCAGCUGCGGUGACUGGGAGAGAUUUGUCAAGUCUUGAAAACCUUUAAAGGUUUUGUCGUAUGUUUCACUAAAGGGGAGAAAAAGUAAAUCUUGACAUGAAAACCCCCCAAAUUGACUGGGGCUUAUGUUGGAGGUUUGUAGAAAUGAAGAACAUUUUGUAAGCAUGGCGCGUUGGGGUGCGCCAAAAUCUGAGUGGAGAACUCUGUUAAACCCUCUGCUGCCAACUGGAAAAUGGUGGAGUAUGUUAGUUUUCCAGUCACACUGGAACUGUCUGUUCUGAACACUGAAAAUAAAUUGUUUAUUUAUGUUAUAGUAUCUUAAAACGAAGCACUAACGGGUAGAGAUGUCUUUUUUGUACUAAGUGUAAGAAAAAAUACUUUUUAGAAAUUCUGACUGAAAAUGUGUGUGUCCCCCCCACCCCCACUCCCUAAAACACACCUCAACGGAAAAAACAACCACAUCAUUACAGUGUGUUUCACAUUCAAACACCUUGAUUCUAUUUUACUGUAGCAUACUGUUUGUUAGUAGUCUUCUUUCCCCAAGCAGUACCAUCUAUUUGGAUGCUUUUGCAAUUUCAGUUAAUAUACAGUAGCAAGAAAACUCAUUUACCUGCAGAGAUUUUUCCUCAAUUUAUUAAACGUGAAGCUGAUAUGUUGCUGGAUGUGUUGUCGAGUGCUGCACUGAUAUUUACUAUUCAGAUACGACUCAUGAGAAUUAAAUAAACUCCUAUGUGACUCAGUUUGGCAGUUCAUCGCUAAAAUAUCAGUUGGAGUUGAACCUGCAGUCUGCCUUAAAUUUAAAGAGAGAUACUGAUUCAUACAUUUUAUAAACAUCUGUAAAGCUCUGGUCAGUGGAGUGGUUAGUUAGAACCACAUACCCAUGCAUGUAAUAGACCAAAGGUAACAAAAACUAUAGAAGAUAUUAUUAUUAUGUGACUGAUCUGCUGCCCGACAAACAUUUAUAGUUUAAAGAAACUGUUAAACAACACAAGGCUAACUUUGGUCUGAUGAUUCACACUCAUUGUUCUCAAUAGGGCUAUAGUGAAAUUUUGUUCCUGGCUAGAUUAGCUCUACUCUGCUGCUACAUUAAAGGAUGAUUCCACUUAAUUACAACAAAGAUGGUCUUUUAGGAGUUUGUAUUAUCUCUAUCAGUUGUACUCACCAAAGUUAUUGAUGAGAUCUGGAAAUACAGUGAUACAAUGACGUCGGACAGACCCAGAUUAUCUAAUCCACUUUGCUGGUAUAGACAAUAGUGACGGCAACCCCAAAAGAAAUUGCACAAAAACCUUAGCUAGCCAACUUUUUAGCAAUGUCUUAGUAUUCCCAGAUCCUUAAUAUUUACUUGAUAAGUAUAAUGUUAUAAGAAAGGAAUGAGGGCCAAAACUAUGAAAAUAAAUAAGGUGCUCCAACUAUUUCUUAAAGAACAACGUUACCUCUGUGCAGUGUCUCUGCUGGUGAUAACAAGAAUCCAGAAAGUCCAUGCAACCCGAUGUUGUUCUCCAAGAAAUCGUUUUAGAAUCUUACUCCCCGUAGAACCAUUUGUUAAUAUCUAAUUUAAUUUUAGAGAGAGUCAAGCUAGCUCUUUCACAGCUCUUUCUCCUGGCUGUAGCUCCAAACAACACGGGUAUCAAUCUUCUCAUCUGAAAGUGAAUAAGCAGAUUUCCCAAAUUGUCCUAUGAUUCGUUUAAUUCAUGCAGUGUGAAAGAGGCUAAAUAAACCAUAUGCUAACACUUGGCUUUGGGCUGAGAAUGUGCAGUGAUUUGUGGCACUUUAUGUUAUAACCACUUUUUUUGUUGACAUAUUCAUGUUUUUGCCGUCUAUUCAGCUUUAAUCUAUAAAACCAUAUUUCCAAGGUCAUGUGAGGUUUACGGACUAUACAGGCCAGUUUAUCUUUUGGUUUACGUAAUCAUUGAUAGGUUUAGAAUGUAUUAACUUUUGCGCAUUAAUAAUACCCAAACAUUAUAGAGAUUUAGAGACAGAUAUAGCCUGGUCUUGCACUUUGCAUGAUUAAACGUUUGUGUGCAUCAGUCUUUAAGUUAUUUUCUUUUCGUAGAGGGGCUACUCAGAUGGAUCAAACACAGUUGUCAUGUGAAUAGAUUUGCAUGUUUACUCAAUUAAAGUAACUUAUUAAUAUAACAGCAUGUAGCCUCAUUCUAAAAUUCAUAUUUUUUUCUGAAAUAGAUCAAAAUAACCCCAUCAGGAGGCAUUUAAAAAAAUCAUGUUUCCUUUGACCAGGAUUCAAAUACAUUUUCCACACAAACUUACAAGAAAGGUUAUCCUUGAACCCUGAGUAAGGAAUUCACAUUCUUCAAUGCAUGUUGGAACAGGAAUAUUCCCGCCCAGUGUGAUUAGUUGCCCAUAUCGACUGUUCCAACAAAUAUUUUAAGCUAUUAUUUUCAUAAAUUCUCUCCUUGUGAAGAAAAACAUACACAUUAAAUGUGGUCAUUGAGUGUGUCCAGGUUUAAAGCCAAACUUUAUGUAGAAGUCUGAUAUUCAAACAUUCCAACACGACUGUGUCACCUUCCUAAAAUAAUGGCCUGAGUCAUUUUUUUGACAAAAAUGAUCUAAAUCAUCUCCUUAUGGUGCUGGCCACCACUGGUAAAAUUGCCUACAUCCUCAGUUGAACAGGUCAUGUGAUUCUAUUCGUUUAGUGUAAUGGCCUAUGUCAAGCGUGAGACUUUGUGGGGUUUUCUGAAAAACCU